UUUCACAACCGUCUAAUCCCUCUCCAUCACGUCAUUCUCGCCAGCACCCACCCGGCUGUGCCCAUCCCUCUCUCCCUCCGCAUUUUUAUAUUCCUACCUAAAUGGCCAAUUCAACUCCGUUCAAUGACAAACCCGCUAUUAUGAGGGCUCUGAAUGCCGCCCGAAACGACGAAAAGGGUGCCCUCGAAGGCCCAGACGGCGAAACGCUGAAGGCUGCUGGGAGUGAACUAUGGCGCAAGGUGGAACGGGAUCCAGACACCUACCUGCUCAGUCGGGACGAGUUCGCAUUGUUUAACUAUUUCCGCAAACAAUAUGAGAAGACUCCUUCCAAUGUCCCCAUUGUCAAGAAAGCGGUCGCCCGGUUCUGGGACAACUACCGAGAAGACGGUCCUGCAAGCAAAACAUAGCCUAUCUAAGUUCAGCCCGGUCCAGCUCAUCCCACGGUUUCCAUCCCCAUAAUUGUGUUUGACCCAGCUCUAUCUGGUUCCGUCGAAAAAAAAAAAAAAAAACCAACCCAAACCAAAACAAAACAAAAAAAAACCCCCAGCAAUCGGGUCUUGGGAAUAUGAUACGAUAUUAGCUCGAUGGUCCACGGCUAGUUCUCCCUCCAAUCCGUCGGCUCGACCGCCGCUGAAGUCAGUAGCAAUAUGUUCUGAUGGUCUUAGAGAUCAACGGCUGCUUUUUCUUGUUUUGCAUCAGUCAGCCUCUUUAGCGUUCACCAGCGAGAUAUCUAUUUUGAGCGCUUGAGUUUACGGAGGAGUUGG